GUUAUUUUUCGUUUGCUUUGUCACUCGUAGAUUUUGUUUCCAGGGGGAGCGAAUUUAAUGUUACUUCAGUCCUGGGCAGAAAUAAAGGUUGAUGCAGGUUAGUCAAAGAAUGGCAUUGCACUUGCGGAAAUGUUUCCUUCAUCCAGUACGAAGCAGAUUAGUAUUGCCACCGCAGCGAAUCAAGUCCCUCUACACCACUUUUGACGGGUUUGAUGAGGACGAGAUCAGAGAGAAACUCCAGAGGUUCCCAGGGGGCUCGGUUGACCUCAGUAAACAGACGAGCGGCAUCGCUGUCCUCACUGUAAAUAACCCAGGUCGCAUGAACGCUUUCACAGGCACCAUGAUGGGUGAGCUGAAGGACAGAGUGGAUGAGCUUGAACAGUGGACCGAUGGGAAGGGUCUUAUUGUCCAGGGAGCUGCCAGUACCUUCUGUUCGGGUUCCGAUUUAAAUGCAGUCAGAGCAAUUUCAAACCCUCAGGAUGGAAUGAAGAUGUGCAUGUUGAUGCAAAACACACUAACCAGACUCCUGAGGCUGCCUCUGGUCAGUGUGGCUUUAGUGGAAGGUAAAGCAUUAGGUGGAGGCGCUGAACUCACUACAGCCUGUGAUUUUAGGUUGAUGGCACCAGGAAGUGAGAUUAGAUUUGUUCACAAACACAUGGGCUUAGUACCUGGCUGGGGUGGAGCAGCUAGGUUGGUCCGUAUAGUUGGAAGUAAAAAUGCACUACAGCUGCUGAGCACUGCACGGAGAGUGGACCCAGACUAUGCAGCGAGCAUAGGGUUAACUGAAGAAAUCCUGGCUUCUUCCGAUGUGAGCAGAUCACUGGACCAAGCCCAGAAGUGGCUGAGUGACCACACCAAAGGUCCAUCGGCAGUGAUCAGAGCUUUGAAAAAGGUGGUGGUAUCUGGAAGAGAGCUACCGCUAGAUGAGGCCCUGAGAACCGAAAAGGAAGUCUUCGGAACAGUGUGGGGUGGACCAGCCAACCUUGAGGCUUUGGCUCAAGGACCGAAACGCAAGUAACACAACACUGAUGAUUAAUAAAAGCCUGUUCCAAAUUACCAUUAAUAAAGACUGUUUUCAAAGUGGUGAAGCAGGCUCAGAGUACUUUACUGCUAAAGAGAUAAAACUCUUAUGAAAUUAAAGGGUUUAUUUGUUCAACCAGUACCCUGCUGGGAAAAGCCACAUCUGGACACCCCACCCCCCACCCGUUUAUGCAAGCAGGGGAAAAGGUGGCUCAAAUCAGUCCUAAUCCAAUCUAAGACAAGUAGACAAAUGUUUCACAAACCAAAGCAAAAUUCAAUUAAAAUGAAUACAAUAAAUGUUCAGAAGACAAGCCUUUUUUCUCAUCGUACAUCUAGAAUAAUCUUUUUCAGAGAGGCUCUGAAGAAGUAAAGGUCGUAUGUAGACAGCAGCAGUAGUUACAAGUGCAGGGUUGUUCAAAGUGCACUGCUAUGUGAUGCACAACAACGAAAGGUAGAGAACAAGUCACAUUUUUAGUCAUACUGGGUGUUUUUGAGGUUAAAUUGAGCCCCUUUAAAAUACUAAGAGCAACUGGUAAGUUAGUAAAAACAGAAGUUUUUAAAAGUGAAAUGAGGUAUUUAUAUUUUUGUUUUAUUUUAUUUGAAACAAUUAGAAACUGCUUCGGACUUGAAACUGCUUCAGUCUAAAAUAUCCUUUUGUUGCUACCUGUAAUCUCUUGCAGUCAGAAAACUCGACAGUCUGUCAAGAAUGAUUCUAUCCCUCUUAAUUUUUUAGACAAAUCAGAGUUUCCGGGUUCCCAAAGAACCAUCCCCAGCUUAUCAAAUAAAAAAGGCAUAUUUGUACCUGAGUGUAACUGUUGCUUCACGCUGUCCCUGGUAGCAUUUAAGACUGACAAAAGAAGGAAUUUUAGACAGAAGCCAGAUAGAGGUCUGAAAGUACGUAAUCAACAUGAAAAAUUGUAUUAAAACAACACUGAACAAGUCAUAGUGGUAUGGGGGAAGCUUUUGAUGCAGUAAUCUCCAUGAAAAGAAUGCAACACAGGAUACGCUUUGUAAUCAGUGUUAAAGACCCAUGUUAUGAUGGCUUACAGCAGGGCUUCUCAAACUCUGUACCGAGGACCCCCAGUGGCUGCUGUUUUUGUUCCAACCGAGCUCUUAA